AUGGAGGGUGAAACGCAACCUGCCGACGAGGGUCUCUGCGCCCCAAAUAUGUGCGGUCAGCAGCGGGGUCCAGACAGCAACCUCAAAACCUUCCCUAACAGGCGGUUGGCGGGGAAGAGGCGGUUCCACAGACCCACAAUGGUCGAUAUCCCGCUGCUGGGAGACGGAGGCGGACAGAACUACACUCAUUUCAGUCACCAUCAUCCGCUUCAGCAGCAGCAUCAGCAGCUCCACCAAACCACCCACACAAUCAGCAGCAGCAGCCAGCGUAACCCGACAUCCCAGCUGCAGCAUAACUUCCCAUGCGGUAACAGGCCCAGCAGCAGAGUCGCGACAUCUACCUCGACAACGGUGGGGAGUGUGGUCCCAGCAUCACUUUGCCUUCAGCAGACGGUCAGCGGUGGCACCAUGGUGCACCGGGACCCCACCUAUAUGCCAGGAGGAGCGGCGCUCAAACAUGAACCACCUGAUUGCGUUGACAGGAUAAGCUCAGUGGGUCACUGCCCCAACCUGGGCAAGCCACAGCCCAGGGAGAGCUCCACCGUUGAUCCUGAUGAUGAAGCCCAGCACAGUCACUGGAGCCAAAAACAAACAUACGCAUUCCUGCACAUCUUCACAAAGUCCCUCCAGAGCUACCUGUUCACCGGGCCCCAGCAGCCCCACCCGGACCUGGGCCUCGAGGGAGAGCGAGUCCAAUCGGCCGAGUUUAGGGUGUCACCCAGCAAUAACCUUAGGGGCUGGAGCUCCCCAGCCCCUUCGGAGUCCUAUGGCCACCGCUCGUCCACCCUGCAGGAGGAGGAAGAGGAGCGCUGCUGCCCUCGCUGUGUGGAGCUGGAAGCAGGAGAUGCUGUGUCUGCAGAAGGAGAACGAAGAGCUGCGCAACAAGCUGGACAACAUACCAGGUACACUCCCUGCCAGACUGUGCUGGACUUCUUCAAGACUGUUCUCCAGCACCAUAACCAGUUUAUACAGCCCAUGUCACAGGAGCAACAAACCGAGGGCAGUAAACAGCUCCUGGGGAACUACCCCCUCUUCUUCACCAACAAGCAGUGGGACGAGGCUGUCAACUCGUCCAAGAAGGACGGUCGGCGGCUGCUGCGCUACCUGAUCCGCUUCGUCUUCACCACGGAUGAGCUCAAGUACUCGUGCGGCUUGGGCAAAAGGAAGCGCUCGGUUCACUCAGGAGAGCCUGGACCGGAGAGACAGCUCCUCAACCCUGUCAAAGUCACCUGCCUCAGAGAGUUUAUCCGAAUGCACUGUGCCUCCAACCCUGACUGGUGGUUGCCUUCCGAGGAACAGAUCAACAAAGUAUUCAGUGAUGCGGUGGGUCAUGCGCGCCAGGGUUGGUCCGUGGGGGAAUUGGGCCUCUGGGAGAUUUAA